UGAAGUUCGCAAGUUGGUUAAUGACAAGAUUGGGACAUUGAGUCAUCCGGAUUGCAUGAAGAAACGCGCGAGGAGUAAGGCCUCCCUUACCCUCGUGUAGGGGAGCACGUGCGGUUCACACUGCAGGAAUUGGAGGGGAUACAUCCGAUGAUGUUGAACGCAAAUAAUGUACCGAAGGCUAGGCAUCACGAUCGAGUCGGUUUACUGCGAAAGGAAAUUAUAGAAGCUUUCGAGGCGUGGGAAAAUUACAACAAGAAGGAUGACAUGUCGGUUACUAUGGAAAGCGCAAGAGGUUGCAUGGCAAACGGAAUGGAGGAGGGAGGCAAUUUUCUCGAUGUAGAGGAGGUGAGAUUACUGAAGAACCGACUGCAGAAUCAAGUGUUGACACCGUUGGACCAUAAUCCAGAGGAGACCCUGGUUAUGUGUCCUUACCUCUAUUUUGAGGCGAUGAUGGAAGGUUUUGUCCUGCACACAGGCUACACAGUGCUGACCGAGCAGAGCGAGGAUAAGGUGAAGGAUGUGGUGAAACAAGCGAUGGAGGAUGCUGGAGUGGGGAGAUUUGCAGCAGUGGAUAUGAAAGGGGCAUUCGGCAAAGCUUUCGUCCAGCCGAAGCAUAAGGAUCUGGACCGCUUCAGACCAAUAUGCCCGUCAUAUGCAGAUCCAGCAACGAAGACAGGACAGAUUGUGGCGAAAGCCCUCAAUCACUUGUUGUUCAACUUACCGAAGGAGUGGCACUUCAACCUGCGGUCAGUAAGUGAGGUAACGCAAAGGGUGGAGAAGUUUAACGCGGCACAAGUCAAGCGACGGGAGGAUGUGCUACUACACAUAGCGUUGUCGUACGACAUAAAAGACAUGUUCAGGAAGUUACCCCACGACGAGAUUAUGCAAUCGGUUAACCGGAUAAUUGACCGAUACAAGGCGAAAGGCAAGAAUUGGAUUAGAGGGAACACUAGAGGGAAAGGAUGCACGUUCGGAAGGACCGCAGGAGCUGAUCAUUGGCGCAAGCUGUGUUUGGAUGAGAUCAGGAGCUUCGUUGAAGUCGAUCUGGAACGCACUUGCAUCAAAGCACUGGGUCAAACGGUAGCUACGUUCAAGGAGCACUUGGAGCAGGAAAACAAGAAGAAAGAAGAGAAGCAACGAAGGCGCAUGGAACGGGAGGAGAAGGCGAGAAGGGAAGAAGAAGAAAGCCGCCAAGAGGAGGAGAGGAAGCUGCAAGAAGAAGCGGAGGCCYGGAGGGUGGCGGAGGUUCAACGGGCUAAAGCAYUGAGGGCAGAGCAGAAGAGGGAGUUAARAAGACGUGAAGAGGAAGAACGAGCUGAAUUUGCAAAAUCACUGCGCAUACMCGUGGCGAUGUGUAUGAGUGGCAUGAGAGAGGAGAUGCGUGAUCAGUUCAAGCAAGGCAUGGCGAUGAUGCAAGCAUCUACGCAUGGGAAAGGGGGACCGAGUUCACCAACCAUAUCCGAGGAAUCUCUCUCUAGUGGGUGGGUUGAUAGUGAGGUUGAAGAAAUCAGCGACCGAACUGGGAAGCUCAAGAUUUCGGAGAAGACGAAACGAAAUCCGGAAGGGUCGCAGGAACGCCUCCCUUACCCUCGUGUAGGGGAGCACGUGCGGUUCAGACUGCAGGAAUUGGAGGGGAUACAUCCGAUSAUGUUGAACGCAAAUAAUGUACCGAAGGUCAGGCAUCACGAUCGAGUCGGUUUACUGCGAAAGGAGAUUCGAGAAGCUUUCGAGUCGUGGAAAAAUUACAACAAGAAGGAUGACGUGUCGGUUACUAUGGAAAGCGCAAGAGGUUGCAUGGCACACGGAACGGAGGAAGGAGGCAAUUUUCUCGAUGUAGAGGAGGUGAUAUUACUGAAGAACCGACUGCAGAAUCUAGUGUUGACACUGUUGGACCGUAAUCCAGGGGAGGCCCUGGUUAUGUGUCCUUACUUCUAUUUUGAGGCGAUUAUGGAAGGUUUUGUCCUGAACAUAGGCUACACAGUGCUGACCGAGCAGAGCGAGGAUAAGGUGAAGGACGUGGUGAAACAAGCGAUGGAGGAUGCUGGAGUGGGGAGAUUUGCAGUAGUGGAUAUGAAAGGGGCAUUCGGCAAAGCUUUCGUCCAGCCGAAGCAUAAGGGUCUGGACCGCUUCAGACCAAUAUGCCCGUCAUUUGCAGAUCCAGCAACUAAGACAGGACAGAUUGUGGCGAAAGCCCUCAAUCAGAUGUUGUUCAACUUACCGAAGGAGUGACACUUCAACCUCGGUCAGUAAGUGAGGUAACGCAAAGGGUGGAAAAGUUUAACGCGGCACAAGU